GCUGGAAAUAGCUCAGUCCGGAGUACGAGGUGAGUCGCCUCCGUUUUCAGCAGAGCCUUCGGGGCUCUCCGGGAGUUUCUGAGUAAGAGAUAAAGAGAGGCAGAAAGAGAGACAGAGCAAUAGGAAGAAGAAGACGAAGUGGAAGAGGAAGAAUUAAAAGGGGACAAAGUGGAGUAUCGGCACUGGCCUCGCGACAGGAAACACCGGGGUGUAGCUGGCUGAAGUGUAAAUUUUCUAGUAAUCUUUUUCGUUUCGUUUCCUCGCGGAGCAGAAGUCCGCGGGAAUGACGCGAAAAAAAUGUGCACAGUAUCAAUGUGGCUGAUGAGGCUAAAAUUAGGCCUCCCCCACAUCGCGGUAGCUCUUAGAGGAUGCACAAGCUAGCCAAGGGCCUGAAGAAGAAGAAAAAGCAGAAGAAGGGCAAGAAAGGAGCGGAAGAGGACGAGUUCGAUCCGGAGGAGUUAGAACGUUACAGAAAAGAACGGGCGGAGGCCCAACAGAAAGCCGCGGAGUCUGGUGAUCCAGACGCCGCAGCUGCUGCCGGUUCCGACGAGUGGAAGAAGUUCGAGGCCUUGACAGCCGGGGUCGACUCGAUCUUGAAGAAGACCCAGGGUGAUCUAGAUCGGAUAAAGUCGACCUCCUUCUUCCAGCGUAAAGCGCCUUUAGAAGAGAAGAAAUCGGACGAGGAUAAUGGGGCUGGGUCGAAGAAGGCUAAGAGGUGGAUAGGUUUUGACAAGGAAGGUAAUCCUGUCGAGGAGGUACCGGAAGAAGGUGCCUGUGCCAAUAAGAAGGCUGGAGAAGAGAGGUCUAUAAUCAGUGAGGACGGUUUUGUGGACGUACCAGAUGACGAGGAUGAACAUGAGGAUUCAGCCGAGGAAGACAUCUUCGAUACUACGUAUGUCGAUGUCCUGCAAAAUAUUGAUGUACAGUUAGCUUAUAUACCGGAAAGUCCUACUGAGGUGGAAGCCGGAGACGACCCCUUCGAUACUACCAGUGCUGAUAAGGUUCUUAAGACUGUCGAUAAGAAGGGGAAUAAGUUAGUGAGUCUUGGGAAUGCCGUUGAAGUUCUGUCUGGGAGGAUCGAUCACGUGAGCACUUGUAAAAUUAGUAGACCUCGUAAGGUACAAAAUCAGGAUUUAUUAUUAGGGGACUUUGAUGAGGCUCAACAACAGGAAGUGCCUGCUGCCAAUGUGACUGCUGAACCUGUUAAAAUUGAGAAGACUUUAUUGGAUGACGAUUGUGAUUUGCCGGAUAUUCCCAUUGAUUUGACCAAGUUGCCAUCUGUUGUACCAAGACCCGUUACUCCUGAGGUCAACGGCAGCACGCCUGAUAACGGGCCUUUGGAUAUAUCCGAGUUUGAGAUUAUUAAGGAAAAGACGAUUCUCGAAGAGAUUCCAGACUUGGACGAUGCUGAGUUUGACCUGAGCGCAGCUUCCGGAGAACCGGUCUGUAUCGAAGAGGCAGAAGAUCCGUUUGGUUCUAAGGAACUGGAAGCUGUCGACUUUCAGACUGAUAUAAUCGAAGCUAGUUUCGAGGCAGCUACUUUCGUCGACGAGGAGGAUCCGUUUGAUACUACUUUCGCUGAUAAUAUCCUGCCAGGAAAGACUGAACUCAAGUUCAUUGAAAAAGAGUUGGAGGAACUUCCUGUCGCUGAGGUUUCUAUUUCUUUGACUGAUCCUGCAGGACUCAUCAGGGACUACGAAACUGGUCUCGUGACAUCCGUUAAUGAAAAAGAUCAGGAAAAUUCUGAGUCAGGGCUGAACUCUGCCAAGAAAGAUCUACUAGGAGGAUCGGUGACUGAUCUUAGUCAGUUAACAGAUCUACCAAUCGCUCCUGUUGAAGAGAUCAUCUACGUUGAUCCUUUCGACACUUCCGCUGUACAAGAACUUCCACCUGGGAAAACUGAGCUCAAGUUCCUCGAGAAACAACUUUUAGGACAGGAAGAGACUAUCCAGGAUACACUAUCUGACGACGACUUUGAUCCCAGGAAGGACGAGGCCCCAGCACCAGUUAAAUCUGCUCCACCGCCAAGGUCUCAGUCACCCACCACUGUAUCUAAGCCAAGUUUCCAGGUCAAAUUCGACGCCGAGGAGGACAAAGCCGGCGUUGAAGAACUUGGGGAAUCUUUAGAAAGGAAGGCAUCCAGACCGGAAGUUCUUGGUCUGGGACCAACAAAGAUUGUAGCUUUCGAUCUACCAACCCCAUCUCAACGACCGGAUUUAUUGAAGACGUCCGAGGAGGAGAAAGCUAUUCCAUCAAAACCUUUGACUCCUUAUUACUCGCAGAAAUCUGUCGAAGAGACUUUACCGGAAGCGGAAGUCGAGGAAGCUGACAUUGAUCCAUUCGACACGAGUUUCGUGGCAAAGGUUGCACCUGGUAAAACGGAACUUAAACUCAUUGAAUCGGAACUGCUGAAACAGGAACAGCAACUGUCUCACAGUUUGAGUGAUCACGAUUUCAAUCCAAGAGCGGAAGUUGAUCAAGGUCGAAGAUUUUCUGAUUUCUCAGCAACCUCCACGAGGCCGAAGAGUUUGAAGAUCGUCGGACUCCCAGCUUCUCUAACGGAAGAAAACGAUCAGCAAGUAGUCGUAGAGUCAAACAAGAGAUUUGAAGCCAGAAGACAGGAGAGUCUCUUAGAUGCUGAAUUUGAAGUAGAUGCCAAGCCUCUGACACCGAGGAUUGAAUCGAGAUUAGAAGAAGAAGAUCCGGAAAUAUCCUACGCCGAUCCCUUCGACACGUCCAUUGCUAUCAACAUACUCCCCGGAAAAGCUGAGCUUAAAUUACUCGAGAACGAACUUAGCCAAAUUCCGGCACAGGUACCCGUCAAGCCUGUAAUUUUUUCUACCAGCGUUAUCGAGGAGGAGGAAGACGAGUUUGACCCCAGAGCUGAAGAAAAUAAAGAAUCUACAGACUUUCUUAGCUUGGCAGAUCAAGACUCUGGUGCUAAAGUACUGACGCCGUUACGGAAUAAAGAAUUUCUCGUGGAGGAGGACAUUGAUCCUUUUGACACCAGCUUCGCUGCUCUAGGACCAGGAAAAACAGAAUUAAAAUUAUUGGAGUCUGAAUUGAUACAGCAUUAUUUAGCUGAAAGUACAAUAAUACCUUUCAAAAUGGAUUCCAAAGGUGGAAAUCCAUUUUUAAUGGAUGACUAUGCCGCUGAUCCUAAUACGGCGGGACAGCAGGCAUCAAAUCCAUUCCUUCAAGACUUUGGCGAAUCGACACAACCAGCUGGAGAGAAUCCAUUCCUAAAUUUCUCAGCGGAUCAGUCCUACCAACCAAGUGUCACAGUGGACUCAACCAAUCCCUUCGCCUCCUUCGGCGUUGAAACUACUGUCCAGGAUGCCGAAUACGCUGUAGGGACGACAGCAUCAUCAAUAUUCACAACAGCCAGUCAGGACACCGACGCGUUUGCUGGUCAAGAGGCUAAUACCUUCAACCAGGUGGAUGAAACCAGUUCAGGGGACCUCUUUGGUACCGAAGAAGUCCAGGAGCAACCUGAAUCACCAGUGGCGGCCUUCGUUCAAUCGGUGGAAUCAAGAAAACAAUCAAUUCCUGCUAAAAAUGGAAAACCACCUCCGUCAAGACCACCGCCUCCUAGACCUCAGCCACCACCUCCACCUAAGAACACGAAGGAUUUAAUACUGUCAGUAACCGGUGCGAUGGACGCGACGUCGAACCACCUGUUAGACCGUCUCCAGGCGACGAGGACGCCGAGUCCGACGCUGAUGCACUCGCCGUCGCCGACGCCGGAGCACAGUUUCGCGGACCUGCUCGACGUCGACAGCAACGUCCCGGAUUUGAUGUCCGAUGACGGUCGUGUCAUCGAGACAUCAAAGACCCAAAAUAUCUUAGACCUGUUUGACGCACCGAAUACAGAAACUUCUUCCGGAGGAGGCAUGAUCUUCUCAGCACCAAAAGCUGACACAACCUUGUUCUCCAGUACGGAAACGUCUUUCUCCACGGGUGUUACUCAGGUUACUUCAAAGAUCCAGGAUAAUCCUUUCGCCAAUAUCGAAGAAGAUGCUGCCUUAGAUCAACCUGAUAAUAUCUCCAACGUCAUCCCCGAAGACAAGAGGUCGUCGGUUGGAUCCAUUAAAUCAUUUUCUGCGGACCCACCAUUUUCUAGUGCCGAUAACUCGCAAGUUGUCACUGGAGAUUUCACCACGUCCAGAGCUUCGUUUUCUGAACCAGCUUAUCCUGAAGAAAGUGCAGCUACUACUUCAGUACAGCCAACCAUGACUAGUGAAACAGCCGCUACGAUAUUCUCUACGUCCAGUUUAGCCGAUCCUCUGCAGACAUCAGCUGCUUCCAAUUUCUUCUCAGUUGCCGAUACCAGCUCAACACCAUUUGGAGACGUUCAGACGUCUAACGCUGAUUUUCCUACAGCGGAGACUUCAUCGUUCUUGGAUCCCGAACCUUUGUUCUCUACAUCUUCAGAGGUAACAGAAGCAAUCCAGGCGCCUUUUACCGACCCGCCAACCAAUGUCUUCGCAUCGGAUCUUCUUGGAGACUUUCCUGGAGACUCCAAGGAUGCUAGUCUCAUAUCCACUAGUCCUACACCUGGUGCAGAAUUUCCUGGUGAAGUUUCUUAUACCUCUGAGACUCUGGAUGAGUUUGCGGCGACCACUAAAGCCAUUGAAUCAACUGGAGAUGCUUUUGAUGCAUUCGCAUCCAAGUUUGACAAGGCUGCUGAACCUGAGCCAAGUAACGAUCCGUUCUUUGAUGCUUUUGGAAGUGGCCAGACUGCCAUGGAUACCUCCAGCGAUGUUUGGGGCGAUUCCUCGGUAGCUGGAUCUGAGACUACUACUGGCUUUGGGGAAAAUGAAGGCUUUGAUUCAUUUUUAAGUAUGACAGCACCACCUCAAGAAGCAAAGAUGCAAAGAAAUGAAUCCGUUGAUUCAGAUGAGGCACCAGACUUCAGUAUAUUCAUUAAACCCAAGGAAGGAGGAGAUCAGAUUUCAUCUGCAGAAGGUGGUCCAGUGCCAGUUUUAGCACCACCGCCAAAAAGCCCACAAAAUCUUGCCUACACAGACACUUCCCCACGUUUCAAUCCCUUUGACAAAUCUGGGGGAAUUGCUCAGGAUGCCGUGUUACCCACGGAAGUGGCACAACCGGCUGAAUUGACAAGAACCGAUUCUCAAGAAACACCCCCAACGCCACUUUUCGACGAAGACGUCAGUCAACCCCUGGAAGACUUCCCACGUGUCACUUAUACAGGGGAUGGCUGGGAGAUGCAAUUACGUCAACCAAACAAAAAGAAGAUUACGGGACAGCGUUUCUGGAAAAAAAUUUUCGUCAAGAUAGUUUACCAGGGAGACAAUCCUGUCCUACAACUUUUCAAUGUCAAGGACGAUAAGGAUCCUUUCCAAGAGUUACCAUUACUAGCAUGUUACUCAGUCUCGGAUAUCGGCGCCCAGCAAUUCGAUCAGUACGGAAAAAUCUUUACGGUGAAAUUGCAGUACAUCUUCUAUAAGGAACGACCUGGAGUCAGGCCUGGUCAGGUGACCAAAGCUGAACGCCUUACAAACAAAUUGAGCCAGUUUGCAGCCUACGCUAUUCAAGGAGAUUAUCAGGGUGUCAAAGAGUUUGGUAGCGACCUGAAGAAGCUAGGUCUUCCUGUUGAACAUGCACCUCAGAUCUCGCAGCUAUUUAAAUUAGGAUCCCAGUGUUACGAAGAUAUGAAGCAAUUCUCUAAUGCAAUCGAAGAGGCCCUUUUCAGGCUACAAGCUCAUAGAGAUCGUGCAUUGACUUAUAAAAUGGAGGAAGUUCAAAUAACCGUGGUGGACGAACUGUACGUCGAGCAAAACGAAGAGGGGCACGUAGAUAAGCAGAUAGCAAGAGUUAGGCUUUUCUUCUUAGGAUUUCUUACGGGUAUGCCGGAUGUGGAGCUGGGUAUCAAUGACAUGUGGAGGCAAGGUAAAGAAGUCGUAGGGAGGCAUGACAUAAUUCCAGUAGUCACUGAAGAAUGGAUACGUCUGGAAAAUGUCGAAUUUCAUUCCUGCGUUCAGCAGGACGAGUAUGAAAAAUCCAGAAUUAUAAAGUUUAAACCUCCCGAUGCAUGUUACAUCGAAUUAAUGAGAUUCAGAGUAAGGCCUCCGAAGAACAGAGAGCUACCUCUACAAUUGAAAGCCGUAAUGUGCGUUACAGGGAACAAGGUCGAGUUGCGAGCGGACAUUCUAGUGCCUGGAUUCGCAUCAAGAAAGUUGGGCCAGGUACCGUGUGAGGAUGUGAUGGUGCGAUUCCCAAUACCAGAAUGCUGGAUCUAUCUCUUCAGAGUAGAAAAGCAUUUCCGGUAUGGUUCAGUUAAAUCAGCGCACAGAAGAACCGGAAAGAUCAAGGGUAUAGAAAGAUUCCUAGGGGCAGUUGACACUUUGGAGCCCCAGCUAAUGGAGGUAACGUCCGGUCAAGCAAAAUACGAACACCAGCACCGUGCCAUAGUCUGGAGGAUGCCAAGACUACCUAAAGAAGGUCAAGGUGCCUAUACGACGCAUCAGCUAGUUUGUCGAAUGGCUUUGACGUCCUACGAUCAAAUACCAGAGAAACUGGCUGAGUACUGUUACGUGGAGUUCACAAUGCCAGCGACCCAAGUAUCACACACAACGGUGAGGAGUGUCAGUCUUCAAAACAGCGACAGCGACAAUCCUCCAGAGAAAUACGUUCGCAACUUAUCCCGUCAUGAGUACAGGGUCGGUAUUGAACAUACACAAGGCGAGGGACCAGGAGCCUACGUCGCGGCUACGAUAAGCAAAACGAUUCCAGAAGCUACACCGGAGACGCACGAGGACACCCCAGAAACGGCUGCUGACUCUGAUUCUGAUUAUUCAGAAUAAAUUGUACGACGACUCCAACAUCGGAACCGCUAGUCGCGCUGAAUAUAUACAUAAGUUAGGAUUAAAUAUAUACGCAGUUAAAGUGUUAUGUAAGUGAUUGAUAUGUCGUAUUGCUUACCACUUCUAGUCGCUUGAAAUGGUUAAAGUCACGUGUCGUGUCGUCAUAGUGAUAUCCUUCGUGAAGAAUCGAGAACCAUCCUGAUUACUGGACAAAAGAUUUAAACGGCUGGAGGAAUAGAUUUAAAAGAGACAAGAAUGACAAGAUUGAAAGUGAAGAAUAUUAUUUCAUAUACGUACACGUGGACUGCAUAAAAGUACUCUAGUCUCGUUAGCUUAAUUAAUAGUAAUAACAGAGGAAAUUAAUUUCUAAGGAAGGACAAUACCACUUUUCAGUUUUAUUUAUUGUAGCCAUAUCGUAGGAAAUUAGACCCAACGAUCCGGACGUCUCGCGGAACUCAUUGAAAAGUUUCAAAGACUGACAAAACGCCACUUUCACAAAGAUCGGGCAAAAAUAUGGCACGGGAUUCCCAGUUGUACAAGGUGGACGCGAUAGUUCGUUAAAAUUUUUGGCGUGGCUCAGCAACUCUAGAAAGUAGAACGGCAACAGGUAUUACUUCAUCGUAUUCGUUUGUGGCUAUGAAUAUUAUUGUUAUUAUUACGAUCAUCAUCGCAAUCAGUCGAUCGAGCGUAAUCAAUGCAUUUGUUAUUGAUCUUAACUGCACUGAAUUAGUCGUAUAUAAUUUUGUAAUAGAUUAGACUUGUCGUUAUUAUUAUUUAUUUACAAGCACUUGCAUAUCUUAUUGUUUCAAGCUGAAGAUGAUCUAUACGAUGUUAUCUAGUCAUUUUAGAAAGAUAGAGCAUUGAGUAUAUAUUUAAUAGGGAGAUUAAUAACGUACUUAGGAAUAAAAUAGGUAUCGACAAUUCGCUUAAGGAAAUAAGAAUAGGAAGGAAAAAAAAUCGAAACUAAUUGUGUGCAUAAUGUUAACGGAAAAGAUUUAUUAUUAGCUAUAAUAAGUACAGUAUCGUUAAGUCUACCUGUGGCCUCUGGCCAAUAUAUAUAUAUGAAAUAAUUAUAUAAAUAAUUAAACGAGUACUCUUGGGAGACUCGUUAGUCUUUAAGCGGUAGUCUUUAAGUUUCAGUUUUAUUUUUUCUUUCUUUUGGCAAGUAUUCUUGCCACGUUACAAGGACCGAUUGAGAGUUGAACAGCUAAACCAAAUACCAAAUUUAAGGAUCGACGCAUUGCGUAAUAGUUAUACGGGACGCUCGUACCUGUCGCGUAUAAUAACAAGAGGUAUAUUACCCACGCGCGUAUAUAUAUAUAUAUAACUAGGUACUCACCAUAGCAAUAUAAAGAAUUACUAUUAAUCAUCUAGUCAUAAGGAAAACUUAGAAAGUAAGUUUCCUUUAAUUAUUUUUUUGUUUUUCGUUGGCACGUUCUCGUCCUGCAAAGGAUCCAAAGAGUACAGUCUAGUCCCUAGUGAUUAAGGAGAUGAUACAUUAUAGGAUAUAUAAUAAUGUCAUCGUUAGUCGUAACGUUAUGUUUUAUCAUUAUUUAAAAAAAAAAAUUAGAAUAGCAACGUAAGCCGAGUCACGGUGCGAUCUGUGACGUUGGACCCCGAAGUGUACGCAAAAUGAAUCAGUAUAGGAUAUAUAUAUAUAUAUAUAUAUGUUGUUGUUGUUAUUAGUAAUGUUAUUAUUAUUGAGGAGUAAAUUCAUUAGGUUUAUAUUAUAAGUAUCGUCAUAUACUGUUGUUGGGUCUAUAUUUUCGGUUUAGAGUCAAGGAAAUUAUUUUCUCUUCAGUCGCUUACCGCGAAUCGAUCGAAACGUUUGGUUUAUGUGUAAAAUAUAUUUUUUUAUCUUACGAUUAGACGGAAUUCUUGGUCAGAUUUUGCUCUCUUUGAAAUUUUGGGGGUCAGUCUUUGAAACUAUGGGGUCACGAUGUGACCGGAUCUUACGGGAUUAAUGAAAGACAGGGGAAGUGUGUUCUCAUUUACGUUUGAAACGUUUAACGAAAUUUGGUCGAAGUUUCUCGAAGCUUUAACCGAUGAGUAAAGUUUCCAGCUCGUGAUCUCAACAUAUAUUCGCAUGUGUGAAAAUAAAAAGAAAAUAAGAGCGUUGUGCAUUUAAGGAUAAUAUGAAUAUGUGUAUUGUAUAGGUUAGAAUGUAGUUGAUAAAGAUAAUGAAAUCCGAUGAUUCCGAGGGACAGGAAAGGGAAAGAAAACUUAAAGCGCGGGAGUUUUUCGCUUUUGUUGAAGAAAAGAAAAAGGAAGCAGAAAAUAAGAAGCGGUAAACAAAUAGAGCUAAAUGGUCGACAGUGUCUUUAAAUAGGUUAUGUUUUACUUAUGUUUUUUUCAUUCGCCAUUCACGUCGUUUCUUGAAUCACACGACUCGUUGCAGCUUUUUUUUCACUGGUUAUCUUAUUGGCAUCAUCCAUUAAGUCUUGCUGAAAUCAUUUUGGUGUUUUUUUAAAGAAAUCAUUGAUUUUCUCAGAAUAAGUCGAUUUCACAAUAAGAAUAACAGAUGUACUCGCACGAUUCUGAACGGUCAUUGGUCAAGUAUAAAGAUUUAAAAAUUGUAGAUAAGGUAGAAAAUUAGAUAACGAGUAUACCAUUGAUUUAGUCAUAGUCAAAGAAAUAAUGGUUGACAAAGAUAACCUAGAUAAUUAAACGUUCUCGGAUGCGAAUAAGUAGUUAACUAAAGGAUUCAAAAAUAAUGGCGGGAACUGUCAUCACUCGGUCGAUAUCGUAUCGGUUCGUCUCGGUCGAACUGCCGUUCCUAGUCUCGAAAAUGAAUUAAUUGUGCAAGUAUGAAUUUUGUCGGAACACAAUGGAAUCGCCUAUAAUUUUUCAGCACUAUAGCAUUUCUCAGCACUAAAAAUGAAGCAAAUGAAGAGAUCAAUUUUCAAAAGAGAUCAAAAUAACAAUUUUCAUCCAUCCAAUAUAAAUUGAAAUCCAAGAAUUGAACUUUUGUUUUCGAAAAAAUGUCUUUCGCUUCAACCGAUCCACGACAAAAGAGUUUUAGUUCGCGCAAAAUGAGACACGCUCGUGAUUGGUCUUAUAGAGGUAAAAUAAAGGAAACACACUAUGUAGAGAUAAAUGAUGAAAAAGGAGAUAAAAGAGAUAAAAAUGUUAUGGCGUUGUGCGCGUGGGAAAGGUAACUUUCCGAUCAGCACGAUUUCAACGGUGGGGUUUGAGAAAUGUUACCGUAGGUCAGUAGCUUUCUGUGUGAGUGUCCUUUAAAAAAUAUGACAAUUAAGCUCGUGUAAUUUAGCCUGUUGCACUUGUAAUAAUUGCAUACGCGUAUGCAUUAUAUAUAUAAUGUAUAACAAUAACGCAUAGAUAAUAAUUAUUUAUUUAUUAACAAUCAGUUGCUCGUUCGUAUCGAUUCGGCCGGCGUGAAAAACGCAAUGGCCGAUUCAAAAAAGGCGUCAGAUCAUUCCAAGAUGAAGAAAGAGAGAUGAAGGAAGCUGUAUCUUUAAUCUGUACCUUAUAUGCAUAUUAUAUAUACAUAUAUAAAACAUAUAUGUAUAAUGCAUUGCUCCAUAUUAUGAAUGUACGAUUUAAUUAGUAAUCUCUUAUCUAUAAAAACACGGUGUAAUGUAAACGAGCCAAGAAAAAAAGAAUGAAACUAUACCAGCAUGUAUAAAACUUUUUCGCGAAAAUAUGAAAGAACAAGUAACACUCUUA